AUGUCUGCCAACACCCAUAGCCCGGUACUCGCUCACGCCCCAGAUUUACUCCUCCUCUUUCUCCGUCUUUGCUUUCUCUCCCCAUCUUAUUCUUUAUCUCUGUCUCUCACUAUUCUCGACCAAUCUGCGAAGCGCCAUUCCCUUCUCUGGCUCCAGCGCUAUCGGCCCUCUGACGCCAUCAAGGCGAGUGGUUGCGUUAGAAUAUGUGGAGCCUUUUUUGGGUUAAAAAAGAGGUGGGGUCAAGUUAAUUGGCCACAUUGUGGAUGAAGUCCAGAGUGAUCGCAAACUUUUGGAACUAGUGAGGGCUAUCACAAAGGAGCAACUCCAAUCAAUGUUGGCUUUCUUGAAGGCAGAUAAGGAAGCAUGAAUGGACAGAACAGGGGCAGUUACAGAAAGUUAGAAUUGUUACAAUGAUCUUGGUCUACCGAGCUGCAGCCAGAUUUAACAGUAUUGCAUCAUCAGUUGAUCCGGAUUGUAAGUUCUCGGAGAGAUUGUUGCAUUGAACUCUUGCACUGUUGAUUGAAGCUGCUGACGCGUGAUUAUUCCCUGUCUCAUGAAAAUUGAGAAAUUGUAAAGACUCUUCAGCUCUUUGCUUGCUGGGAUUUCCCAAGUCACUGUGGGCAGCUGCUGCGUGUUAUGCUUAUUCACCUCAAACCCCUUGUGUCAAGUACAUGUGCUCAGUCUGGCACCUGGGGCAGAAGCCAGGGAGCCAUGUUUUAGUGUGUCAUGAAGACAAGCUGUGAGAUAUUAUGAUGCGGAUGGAGCAAGGACUGUUCUACUGUGGGCAGUUCUAUCAUGAAUUUAGCUACCAGUGUUCGUGAAUGACGACAUGACUAUGAGGUUAGCUUUAUAUUUUUGUUAAUAGACAUGUUGAAUGGCAACACAUAUAAGACACAACCAAAAGUAAAGCUCACAUGUGCAUAUAGACUCCGAAUAUGGGCAUGUAUUUGUGAGAGUGCAUGUUUUCCGUAUGGAUGGGUCAUAUGCCCUACGGUAUUCUUUUUUAUGUUUAUGUGGUCAAUUGCUAAUAUAUUGAAAUUGCCAGAGGUAGAGCGUGUUUUUCACAAUACAACGCCAGAUGUUUAAUAUUGGAGGAAAUAGUUUGGAUUACACAAAAUAAUUCUGUUAUUCCUGCCUUUUCUUAAAGACAUAUAGGUUCAGAUUCGUACGUGUCUUGGUUGCUGGUUUGUCUGGUUUGCAGUUCAAUACAUUCCUGUGCAGAUGUAAGUUGAGUUGACUAUCUUAUUGAAAUUAAAUGUUGCUUGCCAUUUAUUAGUUUCUGUUUAAUUUAGUUGAGUUCUCAAAAAAACUAGUUUAAUUAAUUGGUAGAUGGAUUUCUUAUCACCUUCAUAUUUACUUGAUUUAUAAUUGAAUGCGAGAUGUUGAAUUAGGUUGAGGUUCUUCAGUUUGCAAGAGUAAUAUGUAUAUUUUCUCUUAGUAGUAAUUACCUUUUACCCCCUUCUGAUUUUGCUCAAAAACAAUUUACCUCGACUUGUAGAAUUAUGCACGUAACCUUCCUAUGGUUGUGUAUCCAAGUGAAAAGCCUAACACCAUUAAAGAUUCUAGCAUUUGCUCACAAAACUUGCACGGCUAGAUUUGUGCGUAAGAAAAGCUUGGAGUGAUUUGGUCUUGUUUAAAUGCUUUUGGGUGUGAAUUAGCUGAGAAAGAAAAUGGGGGUUUCGUCGUGUUGCAAAAACUUUUCGGCCGCAUUCCAGCCAUAAGUUGGAAGGGCGUUGAUCAAAAUCAAUGUAAUCUUGGUUGAAACUAUAUGGGUGACAAAAACCACAAGUUAAUUUGGGAUGAUGAAGCAUUUUAAAACUUGAAUUAGAAGAAGAAGUAGAACAUAGGGUUUCGGUUAGGUGAGUUGCGAACGAUAAACAAAAGAAAAGGAAGAAGAGGAGGAAGACAAAGAGGGUAGAUGGGGUAUUGUAGGUACUAAACAUAAUUUAUUUUUUGGAGGUAAACCAUUAAAACAAGGCCCACAACUUGUUUUUGGUGAUUGUGGCACACUGACCAUUAAUUUGGAUGACAAAAAUAAAAUAACGAUUGCACUUUGGUACUCGUACACUAACAUAAGCGGUUUAUGUGAAUAAACUCAAAGAGGUAAAGUGUUUUUGAACAGGGGGGGGGUAAUUACCCCUUUAUUUUAGCAGUGAAGGAUGCAAUUGUCAAUUGGCAAUCAAUGUGUUCUGUUAAGUGUUAUUGUGACUUGUCAGCAUUAGACCAUAAUUGCAUGUUUUGUGGAGAGUGACAUGCUGAUCCUUGGGACUCAUUAUGUGCUUCCUCCUCUGGGUCUAUUUGAGUUUCUUAGUAGUAUAUUAGCUUCUUACCCUUAAAGGAAAAAUGAAACUAAACUAACCCAAGCUCAAAAGACUGCUUUUCGGUAAGAACAAUUUAAUGAUGAGGAAUUGCUUAACCCUUAUUUGUGGUUGGAUCCAGUAAGCUGGAUGGCUUGAUGGGUUAGAUAUAUAUCCUUUUAUUUAAAAUGGGCUGGACUGCUAAAUUGAUAUGUUAUGUUUUUUCAUUUAUCUUGGAAGGGUAAUUUUUUGAUGGUCUUUUAAGGGUAAUAGAUCACCAUCUUCGUUUGCAAGUAUAUUAGCUUCUUACCCUUAAAGGAAAAAUGAAACUAAACUAAGCCAAGCUCAAAAGAUUGCUUUUUGGUAAGAACACUUUAAUAAUGAGGAAUUGCUUAACCCUUAUUUGUGGUUGGGUCCAGUAAGGUGGAUGGCUUGAUGGGUUAGAGAUAUAUCCUUUUAUUUAAAAUGGGCUGGACUGCUAAAUUGAUAUGUUAUGUUUUUUCAUUUAUCUUGGAAGGGUAAUUUUUUGAUAUGGUCUUAGAAGGGUAAUAGAUCACCAUCUUUGUUUGUGUAAGUACACACAAUAUCAGUCCUUACCUUCUAUGCACUUGUGAUUUAUCCCAUUAUGUACUUUUCUCAUUUUGUGUUCUUUUACAUUUUUCAUGUGCUAUCACAUAUGUUUUGUCAUGUUUAUCAGUCAGGAUGUUUAUUUAUCAUAAGAAGAAAAAUCUCUAGUGGAUGUAGGCUGUAGUUAUCGUCCAACAGCCUUAUAUCUUUUUUCUUCUUCUUCUUCUUCUUCUUCUUCUUCUCUGUAUUCUUCAUCUCAAUUAGCUUUUACUUGACCUUUGUGACCACUGCAUCCGAACUUAAAAACCUAUUUUGAGAAGUGUAUUCUUGCCUUCAUCAAAGAUUUAACCCUUGUUAUUAACACAUGCGAAAAAAAUUUAAUGAGCGUGGCGUUUAUUGUUUGAUAGCUGUGGAGUACUAGUAGUUUCAUCUAUUCUUCAAUCUAAAAAGCCUACCAUAAUGGUCUAAUCAUAUCCUAUACUGCAAGCCUUUUCCAUAC